AUGUUAUUAGAGUUUUUAAAAGAGAUCUAGCAAAACAGAGAACAAGAAGAGCUAAAAGAGGCACUGGCUAAGUAUCCUUAGACUACGAAGGAAAUAGUAGAAAAUCUCUCUAGUGCAGGUAAGACUUAAUAUAACCCAGCGGAUUUGGUUCAACAAUAAUAGAUCAAACCAGCACUAAAGCUUGACACUUAAUCAAAAUAAAUCAGCAGUGAUUAAACUAAUUGUUCAGUUCACAAUAAAGAUUGUACUGAGGAAUUCUACUAGAAGAAUAUUGAGGAAAAGAUGAAGUCUGACAAAGUAAGAGAUCCAAAGCAAAUCUAGAAAAUGAAAGAUAUGCUUCUGAAGGAUUUCAAAGAUGAUUAGGAGGAAUAAGAGAACGAAGAAAAUACCAAAUAAAAUGACUAAGUUAUUACUAAGAAAAGAGCUCUUCAACUUUUAGAACAAAUAGAUUAGGAUUUAUUAAAGGACCUUGAUUAAUUGACUUUAGAGGAGCAGAAAAUUUUUGGAGAGUUUAUCAAAGAGAACUAACAAACCUUUGACGAAGAGGUUAUUCCCUGGUGGGAAAUUACAACUUAACUAAAACCCUCAAAUAUUGAUAUAAUAGAAGUAAACAAAGAUUAUGAUAAUGAAAUGAGUUCCUCAGAAUAAGAUCAUGCUAUUAACCUGAAUAGUCUCAAUGAGUUCAGAAUCAGGGGAUAAUAUUAAUAGUCAUCAAAAUAAGACGAGGGCUUAGAGGCUAAUAAUGAGGAGACCUAGGAUUAAGACUAUGAGGACGUUGAGAUAAUUGAUUUGGAGAGUGAAGAGAAAUAGUAUCAAAGACUGAAGACUAAAUAUGAAGUGAUUUUGAGGAGAUAUUCUCAGAUCCCUUAACUCAAAUAUUUGCUAAAGAGCAAAGAGCCCUCUCUCACAGUUAAAUACUUGCUUUUGGCUAAUAUCUUAUCAUUCGUAUUUUUCUAUAGGAGAUAUAAUGGAGAUUUGUUAUCAAAUGAUGCUGAUAUGAUAUGCAACUAGCUUUUGACUUUGCUUUUGUCUAUUGAUGCUUAAAAGCUCGUGACUGAUGUUGAGUCUGGCUUUUCUCAGGUUCUCAAAACUAUACUGUGCCCAUAAAUGGGAAAUACUAUGUAGAUUGUCAAAGAUUACUUGCCUAUUUUAAUUGAGGACAUAGGCAGAAUCUCUGAAACUAAAAUAGAUCUGCUUGAGGGUAUAUUCAGAAUAUAUGAUCUCUUAAAUCACACUGAAAAUGAGUUUAAGGAAGAAUUGGAAAGGAUCAAAGAUACUUAGAAGGGUAGGAGAUCUACAUUAAAAGGUUUGAUAAAACUCAUCAGUUAAGGAAAGUAAAAACUUAUAUUCUAUGCUAGUUAUGUUAAGAGUAAAUACACUGAGACGUUCAAAUAAGAGCUUUAAGAUGAGAUCAAAGGAUUCUAAUAGGCAUUUAUAAAUGCUAAGCUAAUUGAAAAGAAAAUCUAUGAAAAAGUCUAAUAACUAAAUGAAAUAUCAAACCAAUGA